GGGUCUAUUCGAAGGCUUCAAGCAGGGUGAAUUGCUAGCUACAGACAGUCCCCAUUACAGUGACGUCAAUGGCAACGCGCUAGCUAAUGGGCUGAGUCUGGAUAACGAUUGUCCUGCCCCUCAGGGAUGGUACUGGGCAGAGGACUGGGUGAUCGACAAAGAAGAGGCUCUGUACGAUGCUGAUGGGUGGGAAUACGCCGUGACUUGGGGCAGUAAGGUGUGGCACACCACGUGCAAGCCCAGUCACUGUGUGCGUCGCAGGAGGUGGGUGCGUACCAGGCUGAGUGGUCGUGGGGGUAGCAGUCAGCAAGCUACGCUCAAGAAAUCCAACAGCGCCAAUGGGUCUGUCGAGAAAGGCAAACAAAUCGUCGAAUCAACGAUCGCCAUUUCAACAGAUAAGGACGAUACAUAUAACCCUACGCACAUACAAACGAACCAAGCACCGGACGAGGUUGGGAGAGAAACGACACCGAAGAAAGGUUCACACGAGGCCCCCGAUACCGGCGACUCCCUUACACUAGACAGCCUGGCAACCAAUCUGCGUGAAGCGCUGUCGCCCUCGCCUACCAUGAUACAAUUCUUUGAUACAGUAACCGGCAUACCCAGGGACAAUAC